CCCAUGAUCUUCAGCCAGCCUCUGAAAUUGGGCUGAGAUGUUGUUCAGCAGGUGAGCGAAUGCAGUUAAUGCAUUAAGAAUAAAUAUUGUAUGUGGUUGGUACUGCGAAGAUAAGCCAACCACUUUAGGUAAAUGCAGAAAAUAUUUCAAUGUCUUUAUCUGGGACACAUUAAAAUAUGUUUUUUUAGACCAGCAAUAUAGUCAAUGAUUCUUUUUACAAAGUAAAGCCUGCACAGUAGUAUCUGCAAAUGAUUACAUGAUGCCAAAAACAAUCCACUACUAAUGAGUUCGAAAACACUAAAGAGAAAUCUUAGUAAUUGUUUUAGUUUAUUUUCUGCUGAUAGAACAUGCCCUCAUAAAUUGCAAGGUUGAUUUAGAUAAUAUUUGUAAUUUGUUUUGGUAACCCGACUUCAACAUUUUUGCUUUUCUAAUUAUUUCAGUCUCAUUUCUUUUUUUUUAGGUCUCGGGGGCAGCCCUGAUCACAUUAUAAUUUAUAUACUACGCCAAGAUUGUCAUGUAUCUUUUCUUAUUUUUGGUUAUUAAGUUAUGAUUAUUGAUUUCAUAUAUAGACCUAAGCCUGUGCAAAGUAAGAAUUUCUAAUUUCAUCAACAUUAGGAAGAGAAGGGUGUAACGCGUUAAAUAGGAUCAAUUAAUCCAAGUCUGUUUUCCAUUUCAGCAUUUUUGCAACCUACUUUUACCAUUGACUUAACACAGUCAUGCAUCUUUUGUAUCACCUCGGUGAUCAGCAUUGUGUCAUUCUUCAGAUAAGAAAGUGUCACGAAAACAAGUGAUACAUGGAAAACCAAAGAAUUGUGACCAUUUGAGACUGCGUAGAAAGCUCCCACUUGUCUUUCAUUUAAUAUUUAUAGUUACAAAGGAGGAGCUACAUUCUUCCCUUAAAAGGUAGCAGCCACCUCUAUCUGCUACAUGACAACGCAUUUGUGAGAAAUGAUGGCAGUGAUGAAGUCCAUCAUUGUAUUUACCUUGGUGGGUGUUUGUUUAUCUGCCAACCAACGUGGUAAGUGAUCAGAUUUACUAGCACACUUUUACUUGUGUUUGAUUUAUUAUUUUCUUGAUUAAACUUUUUAUCUUAAGAUAAAUAAGAAAACUCUGUUAAAUUUGAAGAGAGAAGCCAAGUAGAGCCAUCAUUCACUAAAGCAUCCUAAUUUGGGGGGGAUGUGGUUAAAUUAAUCAUACUUGUAUACAAAUUGUAUUAAAGAGAUAUAAGAAUACUAAAUGUCUAACAUGACUUAGUAAAAAUAUACUGCUGAAUUAUUAUAUCAAAAACUGAGAAUAAAGUUAAUCCUAAAGUGAACAAUUCAGCAUGGAAAGUUGCAAUCGAACACCUUAUAAUUAUGAAUACUUAAUUAAAAACACCAACAAAUUAAGCAGUGCUGUAACAUUUAUGGAUAUAAAUAUAAUAUAUUAUAUAAUAUAAGUAAGUAUAAUAUAUUUAAGUAGUACAUUAAAUUGAGAGAUUGGUACAAAAUUAAUAAAAUAAUCCUGCUAGUGAGUUUAAUUUCCAACCUUUGAGAUUUAUUUUUAGAGAUAUACUUAUAGAUUAUACAAUUUUCGAUACUUAAUAAAUGAAUAAUAAAUCAUUUUAAAUUCACAAAAGAUAGUUCUUGUUGUCGCAACCUGCCUCUCUCUUCGUUUACCUGCCAAAUGCUGUUAGAUUGUCAGGGUAUCCGUCUGGCAGGUUUGCUGCCACCUUUUGAGUUAGCGCUAUAUCUAAAUCCUUUUUUUUUUUUUCAUAUAGAGUGAAACCAGAAUUUUAAUAAACUAGAGAAGACGUAUUGUAGACAAUAAAAUGUAGAGACAAUGUAGCAGUGGAGAAUAUAGAGUAGAUACAUAGAGAGAUAGAACAUCAGCUGAAGUCAUAGGACACAGUCUCGAUUGUGAUUAAGGAAUUACUUAAAUAAAAAGAUAUGCAUUGGAGGUGAACAUAGAAUUUAUAGAAGUAUUUGUCGAAGGAUACUAUGAAGGUGUAUAGGGAUUUAUCAGUCCUUUCUCUUAUAAUAUCCAUACUGGACAGAUUAACAAUGGGGAAUAGACAUUUGUUCUGUCCUAAUCUUCAAGAUUUAGGUUUGCAUCUAAUCAGAAGUUAUAUCUUUCUUUGUAUCAGGCUCACGCCCAUUUUUAUUCCCGGGGAAGCCGGUUCAAGAAAUUUCUUCAUUUAAGAGAAGUAUAGAGUUCAGCAAUUCUGGAUCAGUCAAUACCAAUCCUCACAAAAAUAAUCUAAAAAUAAACUCUCAACCAGAAACAUUUUCCCUGGCGAACCCUCAUGCUAGGAACAAUAUUCCUGGAGGUAAGUGAACAUCUACAAUAGUCGACUAGUUAGGUUACAGAUUUUCCAUUUUUUUCGUUUUCUUUUGCUCAAAAAUGUAUAUGUUCUCAGCUUAUAUGUACAGUAGAAUAUGAGUAUUUGUUUAAUAUUUAGUAUAAUCAUGUUAGAAUGACCGUUUACAUAAUAUAUUUAUAUAUAUUAGGCAGGAUACUACUUUAACAAGUUUAUAAUGCCUAGUUUAUAACCCCCCCCCCCAGCACAAUAUGUCUCUUUGCUAAUGAAAUGUAAGAAGAGUAAUCUCUACUUCCAAAAUUUAGCAUUCGACAUUCAAAAAAGAACUUCCAAUAUGUGCGAUAAGAUACAUAUGCGUUCAAUAUGGAAAUUGAAAAUUCAGUCGGUUAUUAGGAAAGGACCACUUACUCUUGCAAAGCCCCCAGGUUACCCAUACCCAGUGCAAAAUGAAUGAUUAAUCAUUUAAUUGAGGUUGCAUUAGAUUUACUUUUCUUUUUAUAUUUUGAUAUAUUUUACCAAUUAGCAUCACUGUGAUAGUUCUUUACUUUAUUUUUUGUUAUUUAUCCAAUUAUGUUUUGAUAAGUAAUCCCUCCACAACCUAUUUUAAAAUAUAUACGUCCUAAAAAACAUUAAAAUAGGAAAUUCGUUACAUUGAUGAUUGCAGUGGUUUAUAGUGGGGAAUAUAUUUAAAGAACAGUUGUUGUGUAAAGUUUAUAACUAACCCUUGUAUCUUUGCACAGUGAUUAAGUGUUCCUUCUUAUUGUAUAUAUGACCAUGAUAUAAUUGUGCUUACACUCUAAAAAAUACAACUGAUUUCUGCUAAUUUAUGUGUAUAUAUAUCUAUGUAUGUAUGUAUGUAUGUAUAUAUAUAUAUAUAUAUAUAUAUAUAUGUAAAUAUAAAGUAGAACCUACAUACUUGUGUAUAUAAUUUACUUAUUUAGUUUAACACAUAAAAAUAUGAAUGUAAACUAUAUUUCAAACUAUAUAACUUUGUAACUGAUACACCAUAACAUGGAUUACAUGGAAUGAAAUAUGUUCUAUAAGUUUUUGUAAUGACAAUGUUUUGAAGAAGGUGUAUGAUGCUAAAUGUAGGCAUUAGCUUAAUUGCAUUAAAUAAUACAGAUUCACUGUGGAGGUGACUCUCUUCAUUUAGGACAAAGAUUUAAGAUGUUUUCAAGGAUACAUUUUUUGUGGUGUACAAUGCAUAUUAAUUAUAGUAUGAAAAAAUAAUAAUUUCAAAGCGUUCCACCACUUUCUGUAAAUGUAAUGGUAUUCUCUUAUGACACAUUUAAUAUGUUACUAAACAGAUGUCUACUUUGCGUUAAUCAUUUAAUCAACCAAGGCAUAGGUUAUGUAAGAAAAUACUGUUCAAGCUUACAUGAAUGAACAUCUUCAGUAAGCCCUUACUUUGAAUGCCAAAAAAGUUGGUAUAAAUUAUGAGUCAAGUUAAUAUCCCCUGGAAUUGGUUUGUCAAGAAAAAUAGUCAAAUUCUCACAUUGACCAACUUUCCAAAUGACCAAUCGAAGGCAAAGGGAAGAAGUGUAGACAAUAAAUGGUGAUAAAUAACUUGUUUAACACCUUAAGGACCAAACUUCCAGAAUAAAAGGGAAUCAAGACAUGUCACACAUGUCAUGUGUCCUUAAGGGGCUAAGUAGAUAGGAAAAAUAUACAAUUGUCAAUUAUAAUGAUACAUUUGGCAAUUAAUAUACCAUGUGUCGCAGAGUAAAGCAAAGUCUGAAUUAUAUAUGCAUUUCAUAUUCAUUUGAGAUUGUGUUUCCACAGCUAACAUUCCACAGCAUCCACAGGAAGCACAGGCCAAGCCUGUUAAAGAUUCAGACAAAGCACAUUCCGUUGAGCAGACAUCCUUAAAGCGAGAAAUUUCCAAUAACAUUGCACAAAACACUACAGAUUCUGAAGUGCCUGCCAUUGUAGAAAAUGCAGGAGAUGAAAAUGUAUAUUCUUCCAUUGUCAAUGAUACCUCUCCAAGCAACAAUAACGAAGUAGAGUCCUCUAAAUCUUCCUCUGAAUCGUCCUCUAAAUCUUCCUCUGAAUCGUCCUCUGAAUCGUCCUCUAAAUCCUCCUCUAAAUCUUUUAGUGAGGAAUCAAAACAUGUAAAUUCCAAACAUGUCCCUCAACACCAAGAAUCUAAAUCCAGUAGUGAAAGUAAUGAGUUAUUGGCAGAGAGCAAAAACCUUUUACAAUUUGUGAAACCCAAUCCAAACUUUCAACCCUUAAGAAAAAACUAUUUUUCUCAACAGAUUCGCAGUUUCAGAAAAAAUAAUUCAGUAAUAAAUGGAGCUAGAGGUAAAAAGCAAUACAGGCGUCUGAAUUCUCGCUGAUAAGCUUCUCUGGAAUGUGAGAAUGUAUCAUUGAUAAUUAUUGGCAAACCUAUUAAAAUAUUAUACCUGUUAAAAUCUAAUGUUUCUUAUGAUUCACUUCCUCUGAUCUGAAAUUUUUAUUCCAGAAAUGGAUAACCCCCUCACCUGAAAAUGUACUGCUUACUCUUUCUCUGCUUGAUCACUUUAACAUUAACUCCCUAUAGUAGCCCAAUAAAGCUUCAGCAUUAUGUUAAAUAUGUGUCUCGUUACUUUACUGAAGCCAUCAAAGAGAAAAAUAACACAAAGUAAAUAUAGCUUAAUGUGGAUGAAAUACAGUGACUUUAGAGGACUACAUAGAUUUCCAGCAAGCUAAUAUAGGCUAUAAAAGAACUACUUGGGUUAUUUCCACCCAAUUUUACUUCUAUGCAUCAUCCUAUCAGAUGAUGUAGAACAAAGCCCUGCUUUAGAAUCUCUAUUUUGUUGUGUACACUGUACAUCUAUUACGUACAACAACCCUUGAUAAGGGUUAGGCAACCUUCCGCACUCCAGAUGUUGUGGACUACAUCUACCAUAAUGCUCAUACAGCCAUAACCCUCGCAAAGCAUCAAGGUAGAUUUAGUCCACAACAUCUGGAGUGCCGAAGCUUGUCUACAUCUGCCCUAGAAUAAAAAUUGUACCUCUGAUGGGCUGCUAUACGCAAUCUUAAACUGGAUGUGCAAAUAGCAAUGGAAUAUGGGAAAGAUGUAUCAUGCGAAUCAGAUGGGGUUCUGAUGUAAAGUUCAGAAUGUUUACAGAGAUUCUUUUGGUUUCCAUUGUCAUUUUUCUUCAUUUAGCAAUUUGCCCAAGAAUUGCAUAUGUUUUUCCUUGAUCAAUC